CAGUCAGAAAACUUUCCAGCUAAACGCCAGAUAAUACUUCAUACAACUUACAAUAUUCUAUAUUGUGAUCAUCACAACAGCCAAGACAACCUAAAAGAAGACAGUGAUCUCACACUUGGCUGGCAGCUUUUUAUCUUUCUCUUGACCGUUUAAAACUUCAGGCUUCCUGCCGUCCUGGUGUCAUGGAUAAAGUCCAAUACCUCACUCGCUCUGCUAUAAGAAGAGCUUCAACCAUUGACGUGCCUCAACACGCACGUCAAAAUCUCCAGAACCUAUUUGUCAAUUUCUGUCUCAUCUUAAUAUGUCUCUUGCUGAUUUGCAUCAUCGUGAUGCUUCUCUGAAGUUCUGCUGCAAUCUCCAGUGCUGCAACUUAUCACCAUCAGCUUAAAAUCUAUCAUCCCAUGAAGAAGGGAAAACAAUACUACAUAAGAGACCACUUCCUAAGUAGAAGAAUUUCUUUGUGAAAAGGUCAAGAUUUGGAACAAAACAAAUUGUUAGCAAAUGUAUUCAUCUGCUGGAUGUUGUAAACAUAAAAAGGGCUUUAUUUUAAAAAAUUAACUUUAAAAUGACUAUAAUGUAACUGCUAAUUUUCUCAAAAGAGCUUAUAAGUUUCUAUCCCAAAUCUUUCCUAAGGAUGAACUGGGGUUUAAUUUUGAAAUUGCACUGCUAACAAGUUCACUUCAUAUAUAAAGUAUUAGCUUCACUCUUUGGGGGUAAAUAUAACUUAUACUGUACUGUAAAAGCCUCUUUGAUGUUUAUUAAGUAUUUUUCAGGUCUUUACCAAAUAUAUCAAAAUAAUCAUUCAAAUGAAAUGUCAUCAUUUGAAACAGCCCUAACAUCUGUUAUCUUUACUAUCAUCAUACAGAAGUCUUUGUAGUAAUUCUAUCAGAACCUACAUUCUAAAAUAGAAAUUACGUUUUUUGUAUACUACCCUAAUAUUUUAAGUUUAUGUGAAUCAAGUUAAAAAAACCAAGAUCAUACCCUUACAUAAGUAAAAUUUAACUAAUUUUUUCAAAGAAUUACAGAAUUUUAGCACAUGUAGGUAAACUGUAAAUCUGUUCUCUCUAGGACUUUAUGAUCCAUAGACAAGAACUGUUGGUUAAUUUAACAUCUGACAUUGUGAUUAGCCAUAAAUACUAAUACACUAAUAGAACAGAAUCAACCUUAAUUUAAGGCACUAUAGCUAACUAUCUGAGUUAGAGCACAUAACUGCCACACUGUAUCUCUGGAAUCAUGAAAUUUUAAGACAUCAGAAUGAUUUUACAGGUGGUCUUCUGUUCUAAUCUCACACUCAAUGUAGGCAAGGAACAGAAUAAAAGAAAAAAUAUUAUUUCCAGCAUUAAAAAAUAAAAUUUUUAACUAUCUCUCCAAAAUUAACAAAUUCUUUGAUUAAAUUUUGAAAUGAACUUUUUUUUUUUUUUUUGUGGUAUGCGGGUCUCUCACUGUUGUGGCCUCUCCCGUUGUGGAGCACAGGCUCCAGACGCGCAGGCUCAGCAGCCAUGGCUCACGGGCCCAGCCGCUCCGCGGCAUGUGGGAUCUUCCCAGACCGGGGCACGAACCUGUGUCCCCUGCAUCGGCAGGCGGACUCUCAACCACUGCGCCACCAGGGAAGCCCUUGAAAUGAACUUUUUAUCCCACUAUUGUUUAUGAUAGGGCUUAGCUAUUUUCAUUAAUCUAUCACCCAGAUGGUAAAUACAUAUUUGGUAGGCCACUCAAUUACGCUAAAUUAUAGAUCCAGCAAUACUAAUCUAGUCUCCUCUAGUCAUUUAAAAAUAUCUUCCAACAACUCAUUAAACAAUAGAAGUAAAAACUGGUUUAGAAAAUAUAUUCACCAAAAUUUGGUAAUUUAAAUUGACUCAGUUUAAAAUUAAGUCUAAAAUGGUUUACACCUAUAUUGCACAAUCCGAUAAUUUUAACUUACGUUCAAGACAUACUAGCGAUAUAGUAAUUAUUAAAGGAGUAGAAAAUAUGUAAUUUCCUACGAUUUGCCAAAAUAUGGUUGCUAAAAGAACUGGAAAAAUCAGUGCUGACCUUGGUUUGUAACACAAGUGCUACUAAGAAAAUAGUGAAGGAAAUAUUGCUUUUAAGUUUUUUCUGAAUCCCUGAGGGGUACUGGAGACAGGAAGGGGGAAAAUUUUGGUUCACUGAUUAUCUGAGAACAGAGGGAAAAGGGGUUUCUUACUAACAGAGGGAUUUCUUGAGUGAAACCUCAUCUAUGGGUUGGAUAUCCCUAACAUCAACUAGAAGAGCUUAUAAACAAGAAUGCAUUCACUCCACUGGUGUCAAUAAUAACCCAUGCAAAAAAUAACCAAGUUCUGUAAUUAGCUGCAAUGAUCUUAAAAAAUAAGUGGAAAUUUUACAAUAAUAAGUUCUAUCCUUUUCAUUAUGUUGCUCAUUACAACAUCAACUUCAAACCAUAAGCUGUGAGGUUAUGGAGUUUUUCCUAAGUCAAACAGAAAUAAAGAAUUUUUUUGUUUUUCAUUCUACCUUUAACAGAAAUUAAAACCUUAUACUUGAGGAUUACAGAAUACUGUACCUUAGAUUAUAUUGUAAUGUACCUUAGAUUAUAUUGUAAAACAAAAACCCAUUCUUUAAAUGCAACUUAUUUAUUCUGUUUAUCAUGAUGUGUAAAGAGUAAGAUAUAAUGAACUAUGUAUUUAAACAUUUUAAAAUACCAAAUGCUCAAAUACUUUCUACUGUAGAAUAAACUCUAAUCUUACUUUACAGGGUACCAAAACUGAACUAAUUCUUAAAUGUUUAAUGUUGUCUU